AUGGCUUUACUUACUCCAGGGACACACCAAGCAUAUGUGCGUGCACUAUACAAAAGCAUUCUUGCAGAGGGAUCUCGAUUUUUUGAUGAUAGGGCAAGAACUUUUAUUGUCAAUCGAGCACGUAAAUUAUUCAAAGAAUACAUCACAUGUACAGACGAAGCCAGAAUUCAAAACAAGUUAGCUGAGGCCAGAAAGGCAAGUCUGGACAAAGUUGGAAGAUCUUUGAAUCGUCUGCACCGUAUUGAGAGAGCCAAUCAAGGAGAUCUCAAGAGCGCUCUUAAAGUGCUUGAGGCUGCGUACGGAAGAACUGGAAAAACCAAACACAAGUUACUUCACCCAUUCGUGUAUGCAAAUUUUCCUGAAGACAUGGUGCGUCCUGAACCUCUCGUUCCGCAUGUCCCCCACACAGCCCCUCCUCCACCACUCUCUAAGCCAGUGUGUGCAUUAGUGCGUCGACUUAAAAAACCUCUUGAACCUAAGCUACCAGAAUCCCCUUACAAACCUUUACAUCGAGGAAGACAGGCUAAUCUGUUGUGGAAAUGGAGAUCGAAUCUGCUUGAGCGGAUUGAAGUCCCUUUACCAUUUGAAAUCGGGUGUGAGUUGGAGACCAAGAGUGGUUUGGACCCUCUCGAUCCUCGUGGGGCAGCCAAUACUCUCAAGGGAGGACCUCGGUGGGAUGAGAUGUAUGGUGACCGUGGGCAGGAUGCGGACAUAAUGCAUUUGUGUCCGACUAGUGUGCUCGUGCCACUCUCUCGGCUUCAACGUCGACCUGCGCCACCAUCUCCCUACACAGCUGGUGCAUCACCAUAUGCAACACUUUCAAUGGUACAUCUUCUGGAUCCUUCCUUUGAUGUGCCUUUGGAGACCACAUCUGUUCCGGUUGAUCCGCGUACAAAGCGGCGUCUUUAUCGGCGUCUACUCGUCAAAGUGCCUUACCUGUCGCCACUCCCUACUGCAUCAAAGUUGUGGGACAACACCUCCUACACGGCAACUAGUUCUUGCAUAGUUCCUACAAGUGUUUUGAAUGUUCUUCAGGACGAAGAUAUCUCAGAAGAAAGCCUUCGAGCAUUUGAAAAGAAGAAGAGAGGAAGGAAGUGA